GAAACUUGGCGUAAGGUAUAAAUGUGAGAGUUAUAAGAAUCUAAGGUAAAUUUCUUUCGCCGUCUCAUAUUUGUGGUUCACACAGGAAGACGCGUCGAAUCGAAGAAGAUGGCAAACCAAGACACCUUCCUCUUCACUUCUGAAUCAGUCGGGGAGGGACACCCGGACAAGCUGUGUGACCAGAUCAGCGAUGCCAUUCUGGACGCACACCUGAAAAAGGACCCCAACGCCAAAGUCGCCUGCGAGGCCUGUACCAAGACAGGGUACAUCAUGGUGUUUGGUGAAGUGAACACCACAGCUAACAUCGACUAUCAGACUGUGGUGCGUGACGUCAUCCAGCGUGUCGGCUACGACCACAGCGACAAGGGGUUUGACUACAAGACCUGCGCAGUGAUCCAGGCCGUGGAACAGCAGUCCCCUGACAUCGCGCAGGGCGUGCACGAGAAGCGGCGGCCCGAGGACAUCGGAGCCGGGGACCAGGGUCUGAUGUUCGGCUACGCCACUAACGAGACCGACGAGUGCAUGCCUCUCACCUGCAAGCUGGCCCACGGACUCAACCGUAAGCUGGCGGAACUACGCCGGGAUGGCACCCUCUCCUGGCUGCGUCCGGACACUAAGACACAGGUGACCGUUGAGUACAGAAUGAGCGGGGGCGCGUGCGUGCCGAUCCGGGUGCACACGGUGGUCAUGUCGGUGCAGACCGAUGACGUCGUGACCUUGGAUGACCUUCGCCAGCAGCUGAAGGAGAAGGUGGUGAAGGCCGUCAUCGACUCGCGCUACCUGGACGACAAGACCAUCUACCACCUGCAGCCUUCUGGCAAGUUCCAGCGUGGGGGACCACAGGCUGACGCUGGUCUGACAGGACGUAAGAUCAUCGUGGACACCUACGGUGGGUGGGGCGCCCACGGGGGAGGUGCCUUCUCUGGCAAGGACUUCUCCAAGGUGGACCGUUCUGCCGGGUAUGCCGCACGUUGGGUGGCCAAGUCCCUGGUGAAGGCAGGCCUGUGCAAACGUGUGCUGGUGCAGGUGUCUUACGCCAUCGGCAUCUCCCAUCCACUGUCGGUGCACGUCAAUUCGUACGGCACCUGUCAGGGCAGCAUGACGGACGCACGUCUGCUCAAAAUCAUCAACAAGAACUUUGAUCUGCGCCCUGGUGUCAUUGUCAGGGAGCUGGGACUGCAGCGCCCCAUCUAUGAGAAAACCGCCUGUUACGGGCACUUCGGCAGGAUGGACGACCCCGACUUCACAUGGGAGCAGCCCAAGAAGCUGGACCUGAACGUUUAGACAAGGAUCUGGAAAGCUUCACAACGUUAACAUAGCACGCGCAGCCUUGCAACUGGGUCAAUGCAUGCAAAUGGACAUCACGGAUGUAUUGUGAUUGUCCUUUUGAUGAGAUGUUAUAUAUUCUGUUUAGUUGUUCUGUUGUAAAACUGCACUUAAUGUGAUUUGUCAGAACAUAGGGUGUCAGAACACAGGGGAGUAAUAGCAUAGGGCUGUAACAGUAAUCUGUGUUCUUGGCUAAAUAUGUGAGCCAUAGCGAAGCCACAUUGCACUAGUAGGUACAUAUGUGUACUUGAAAAAAUCAUGCUUCACUUCAGUUGAGGAUGACAGAAGAAGAUGGC